AUGUGGAACACCUCAACCCUAACCCCCAACGACACCAUAAUAACCACCAACCAAACAGUGGCGUCCAUAUACUCCUCCACCGUACAGCCUUCGAUAUCUGACGAAGACGGAGUCUGGGGCCCGAAACGUGACGCUCUUUACAUUGUCAUACCCCUAACCAUCAUUUAUGGGGCUAUUUUGGUGGUUGGUUCCAUAGGAAAUGUCAGUACAUGUGUUGUGAUAGCCAGAAAUAAAUCGAUGCACACCGCCACAAAUUAUUAUUUGUUCAGUUUGGCGGUUUCUGAUCUUUUGCUCCUGAUGGCGGGGUUGCCGUAUGAGAUGUACGCCCUUUGGUACAAGUACCCUUAUUUGUUUGGAGAGGCUUUUUGCGUUAUGCAGGGCCUUGCAGCAGAGACUUCAGCAAAUGCAACAGUCUUAACAAUAACAGCCUUUACAAUUGAAAGAUAUGUAGCCAUAUGUCAUCCUUUUUUAUCACACACUAUGUCGAAAUUAUCCAGGGCAGUCAAAUACAUUAUUGCCAUAUGGUUACUAGCUCUCUGUCUAGCCAUACCGCAGGUAAUAAUAAUAAUAGCUAUAUAUAUACAUAAAGUUCUUCUGGUCGAUUGCAUUCUAAAGAAAAGUUUAAUAAAAUAUAGUUUUU